AAUCAACUCAGAUAAUGCUUGUUUUGCAAAUCAAUGCAAGUCCUUUUCUCUAGAAAAUAUAUGAUGAUUUCAUCAAAUCUUCACUACAUAACCCUUUAUUCAAAAAAAGCUUCAAAUUUUUUGAGUAUUUAGAUCUAAUGGGCUGACUAAGUUGAUCACUCGCAUUAAAAUAUGUGAAGAAACAAAAACUCAACCUUAAAUUUUUUAAAUGAAGUUGGCAAACACGACAUCGACCAAUAAUUCCAAAAAGUCCACUCCUUACCAUGUUCUUUUAUUAUUCUUGCAACAGCUAUCAGCAGUUAUUAAAUUAUUUUUGUUGCUUAUUUAGCUACAGAUUGAUGCUUUUUCUUGGCAGGUGGCAAGUUUGAUUGUGGAAUUGUCCGUACAUAAUAUUUCCUCACCUUUCUCAACUUUUCUUUGACUUUAAAUUAGUCAGAAGCUUGAUUUAUUUGGUAUUAUGGAGGUUUUUGAUCCUAUUAAUUGAUUCUCAGGAUAUCCAUUUGAGGUCUGAGUGUUUUUAAGAACACUUGGUUUGCCUUUUCCGCGUAGUUUGGAGUCAAGAUGCGUGCUUUCAAGGGCUGCUUUAGUUCGAAGAAACUCGUAAAGGAACGAGGGUGUGAAAAUUUUAUCACGCUUGCUUCUGAAACUCCAUUUACUGUCAAUGAAAUAGAAGCUUUGUAUGAUCUAUUCAAGAAGCUGAGCAGUACCUUGAUUGAUGAUGGUCUUAUUCAUAAGGAAGAAUUCCAACUUGCUCUGUUCAGAGAUAGCAAUAAGCAGAAUCUUUUUGCAGACAGGGUAUUUGAUCUUUUUGAUGUCAAGCGCAAUGGGGUGAUUGAAUUUGGAGAAUUUGUUCGGUCAUUAAGCAUCUUCCACCCAAAUGCUUCUGCGGCAGACAAAGUUACAUUUGCAUUUAGAUUGUAUGAUCUGCGGGGAACUGGCUAUAUUGAGCAUGAAGAGUUGAAGGACAUGGUAUUGGCUGUUCUGAGAGAAUCAGAUAUGAUGCUUAACGAUGAGGUCAUCGAGGCCAUUGUUGAUAAGACCAUGGCUGAGGCAGAUUUAAACGGAGACGGAAAGAUUGAUAUUGAAGAAUGGAAGAAAUUCGUAUUGAAAAGUCCAUCGCUUAUGAAGAACAUGACUCUUCCCUCUCUUAAGGAGUUAACUAUAUCCUUCCCCAGCUUUGUGCUGAACACAGAAGUUCCAGAUUCUGGAUUAGACAAAUCAUAUGUUAAAGAUACAAAGGCAUCGAGUUCUUCUCCGAUGAGAGGCUGAAUAGUGGAAAUAAUCAAUGCCAAAUGAAGCAAGAACAAGAAAGAAUCAAGAAACCACUUAGCAAGCUUCAAAAGAAAAGAUUUUUGUGUUGUUUUGUUUUUCUUAAUCUAAUAUGAAUGCACUCAUUUGGGGCAUAUCAUUCUUGAUCCAACAAGAGGAGAUAUGUAAACAUUUACAGGAUUAUACAUCAUAUAACAAAGACAAAAUUUAUGUAAAAAAACAUCCUCAUUCUAUUAAUGAAGAAGUAACACUAGCUCGAAGGGUAUUUAUCAA